UCUCAGUCAGUUAAUUUAAACGAGGAAACAAAUAUUUUUGAACCUUCUGAUGAUUCAAAUGAUGUGUCUUAUGACUCGGACAAAGAUCCUCUUUGGAAAAUCGAUAAAAGCCAAAGCAAAUCUGUUAUUGAUGGUAUUAAUUGUAUAACACCUGAAAAACAUGCCUCUUCAUUAGUUAAUAAACCCAUUGAUGAUAUAGAACAUAUAAUUUCAUCUCCUGUUGGGACUUGGACGGUUGAAAAAAAUGAGGAUACACAAUUAUUAUAUAAAACAAGUUCUGAUCGAAAUAGUAUCAAAGUUAAAAAAAUAUUAUUUUGUGAUCAAAAUAUUGAAAACACAGGAUCAUCUGGUAUUACAGCUAAUAUUUUAAAACUGCCACAAGAUACUACAAUUUUACAAAACCAGCCAAAUAUAUCUAAUGAUUUUCAACGGUUUAUUACUAACACUUUGGUAAAUAUGAAAUAUGACAUUGGCAGCAUUUUAAGUAUUGUACAAUCAAACAGUAUUAAUAUUAAUACAUUGAUGGCUAAUAAAAAUACAUCAGCCAAAAAUAUCACAAAUCUUGACAACAUAUUUCCUAUUAAAAAUCAUGAUGAAUUAGAGUCAUUGGAAAUAAAAAUUAAGACUGAUGAAAACUUUAAAAAUACAUUGGUUACUCAAUUAUCAGUGUUAAUAGAUGUUAAUGAUCUUGGAAAUAGUGUUCGAAGAAUUGUUUCAAGAAUGUUAAGUGAUGUUUUGCUAUCUAAUUAUUCGUUACAUGGAUUUAAGUCUAAGCUAUGUUUUUCAGGCUUAAAUACCUAUCGUGUUAUUAUAGAUGCUAUACGAGUUAACGUCAAGUACAGUGUUGUUCCUGAAAAAGAAAUAGAUAACUCAUUAGGAAUUUGGCUAUCCCAUGCUCCAUUCCGCAUUAAAAAAGUAUCCCAAAAACAAGAAAAACUCUCAAGAAGCCUUUUAUGAAGUUAAUAUAUUUAAAAGAUUAUGUUAUCAUUAUUAUUAUAUUAUUUACAUUUUUUUAAAUUCUUAGAUUUGUAUCUUACAAGUUUGCAGUUUUUAUUAUUUAAUAUUUGCUAUUUUAAUGAAGUUAAUAUUGGGUAUAUAUUAUACUACUCACCAGUUAUUAUUUUUAUUUUUGUGUUAGAUCAUAAUAUUAUAUAAAUAUAAAUUAAAAUAUUGAUAUUCCAAUAUUAUA